AUGUAUAUUUUAGCCAUAAAGAAUUCGUUUGCUAUAAAUAAUAGAAUUCCCCAAGACCAAGAACUGAAGAAAUUAUUAUUGACUUAGAAUUGCAUUUUGGAGUAAAAAAAUCUAUUUUGAUGUUCAUUUUCAAAAUUCAGAAAACAUAUAAUGACUUUAUGUA